GGAGCAUGAGGAGUUGUCAGCGGUGUGUGUCUACAGUCUGGCUGACAUCAGUAAAGUGAUGGACGGACCCUUUAAGGAACUGAAGAAGACCUGUGAGAACUGGAUCAACCCAGAACCAGUACCAACACCUAGACCUGGACAGGUACAGUCUAGAACACAUUACCUAGAACCAGUACCAACACCUAGACCUGGACAGUGUCUGAACAGUGCUCUGAGAGCGGAGGGCUUCGAGUCUUCUCUCAAGCUGCCGGACAAGGUGUUGACGUUUAUGAGAGACCACCCUCUGAUGGAGAACAACGUGAUCGCAGCGCCUCUACUGGUGAGGAGGGGCAUCACAUACACUAAAGUAGCUGUUACCAGGACGACCACGGAGUCGGACGAUGAUCAGAGAAACACAGCCACCGUGCUGCACCUGGGAACAGAUCGUGGGGAGCUCCAUAGAGUACUGGUGGUAGGACACAUCACUACACUACUACAGGAGAUACCUCUCUUCUCUGCACAGGAACCUGUCAACAACAUACUGCUACACAAGGGGCAGGCUCUAGUAGGUACCCCCCUAUCCCUGGCCCGUGUGGGGGCAGAGGGAUGCAGCCUGUACCCCAGCUGUGAGGUGUGUGCCCGGGCCAGAACCCUGGGGUGUGUGUGGAGGGCCAAAGAGGGAGCCUGUGGCCCCAGCAUGACAGAGCCCAUCCAGGGACAGGAGGUAGAAGAUGCUCUGAAGCUGUGUGCCAGUGGAGAAGGUCGUUGUUCCCCGAUCCUGAGGGAGCUGCGUGUCUCUGUGGGUCUCCAUGUUCUGCUGCCCUGCGUCCAGGUGUCAACACACCCCUGUACCUGGGAACACCCACCACACAGACACACCCGUCAACAUCACUCUGACCUGGAGGUCACUGUCACAGAGGAAAGCCUGGGGACAUACACCUGCCUCUGUCAGGAGGGUGGACCAGGGGGUAAGGAGGAGAGUCCUGCCUGUCGCAGAGCCUCCUACCAUCUCACCCUGGAGGGUCCGAGCGCUGGGGGGGCUGUGGCGAUGGCUGGAGGACGUCACCUACUGGCCAUCUACAUGCUCUGCUUCAUCCUGGGAGUCGCCCUCGGAUGCUUCCUUCUCUACUUCCUGUCCCGCCGACGUGGGAUUGGCCAGCGCCAUCCAGACCACUCCCUUUCCUCUGAGAAAGGGCAGGACCUGCUGGGCUCCUCGGCGACCCCGCAGUCACCUAGCAGCGGCAGUUUGCUGUCGGAGGGGUUCCCAUUAACGGAGAAGAGAGGAAAUGGAACGCUGCUACUGACACACCACCACGGCAACGGCAACGGUGGUCACCACGGCAACUACGGUGUCGCUGGCGGCAACGGCGGCUGCGACGGUAACCACGGCAACGGCGGCGGCGGCCACGGCAACGCCGGCUACGCCAACAACGCUAACUGUAACGUGCAGAUGGCAGCGAGCGCUGUGAAUGGGCUGAAGCUUCACGUUCAGGAGAUGGUGACGGACGAGAGGAGGGGGGGAGAGAGGGAGAGGAGGAGGUCGGAGGGGGGACAGGGGGAUGAGGAGGACGAGGGGCUGGGGGAGGUGUUGGGGGGACUGGAGCAGGAGUUAGCGGGGUUUGCGUUGUUUAAGUUACCAGCACCAUUAGCCCAGUGUGAGGAGAGUUCUAUCUGAUACACGGUGAUAGAGGCAUGACCAAGAUACACGUGUUGAGAAACGAGACACAUAGCCUGCGUCCCAAAGGCCACCCUGGUUCAUGAGCACUGCACUAUAUAGAGAAUAGUGUGCCAUUUGAGACGCAGCCGAAAAGAGAGACAUUACUGAGCUCUUCUCUGUCUAUUGCUGAACACAGAUGAAACAGGGAUAAAAGAGAGACAUUACUGAGCUCUUCUCUGUCUAUUGCUGAACACAGAUGAAACAGGGAUGAAAAGACAGAAAGGGUGGGAUGAGGAGAUAAAACACUAGUGAUGUUAUACACAUACAAAAGCCAUACUCUUUCUCUCUCUCUAUCUCUCUCUCUCUUGCUUUUUCUCUCUCUAUCUCUCUCUCUCUUGCUUUUUCUCUCUCUAUCUCUCUCUCUCUUGCUUUUUCUCCAUCUCUCUCUCUCUCUUGCUUUUUCUCUCUCUAUCUCUCUCUCUCUUGCUUUUUCUCUCUCUAUCUCUCUCUCUCUUGCUUUUUCUCCAUCUCUCUCUCUUCUCUCUCUCUCUCUAUUUCUCUCUCUCUCUCGCUUUUCUCUCUCUAUUUCUCUCCCUCUCCCUCACGACCUCUCUGUCUUUUUUCUCUCAACAACCAAUCCAAGUCACAAAGGGGUCCCAGAGCCACACCGUGCCCAGGCAGACUGCACCGAUACUGGGCGUGAUGUGGCGAGAGGUCAGCUUCUUAUACCAAACCUCCAGCAGGACACUCAGACUGCUAUUAAUGAAGGCUGACGUUACGUUCCAAUAAUCUCUCCUUUCUCCCGAAGUGUGCACACUUUUGGGAAAAAGGUAGAAAAUCAGGACACAGCCCUGAAACUAUGGAUCUGUCUCAGACCUCUCAGAUGGACUGUAAAUGGCUGAGGUUAGAUUAGAGGUUAGAGGUCAACAGUUUAAAGGUCAUGAUUGAAAAAGAGAGUUCCUAAAUAUAAAGACAUGAACUGGAGAUCCAGACGGAACGUUAAGACAAGAAAGACAAGAAAAUAAGAAAAUUGGAAUGCCGGAAUUACAUUUUGGAAAAUUCUGGAAUUUUCAGACUGGGAACAUUCAUAUUUGGGAAAACUGAGAGGGAUUCUGUUAUGGAAUUUCAGCCUCACCUGAAUGAACACCCGCCAUUUUGUUUCUCUGAUUGAGGGAAUUUUUCCCAAAUAACACCUACUUCUGACCAGAGCUCUAUAGGUCACAAGUAGUGCACUAUGUAGGAGAUAGGGUGGCAUUAGAGACGAAGCCAGGGGUUUCAAUCAAAACGUCCUGUAUGUUUUUAAUAAUAAUAAUAAUAAUAAAGCCUUUUAAUAUAAUGUAACUAGACGAUGUUGUUUUACAGUUACAGUAGAAGUUGGAGACGACUCUAUAAAAACAGAAUGUUGUUUUUCACAGUACAUAUUUAGAAUUAGGGGUGACUCGAGUAACCCUGGAGAUCCUCGAGUAACCCUGGAGAUCCUCGAGUAACCCUGGAGAUCCCCGAGUAACCCCGGAGAUCCUCGAGUAACCCCGGAGAUCCUCGAGUAACCCCAGAGAUCCUCGAGUAACCCUGGAGAUCCUCGAGUAACCCUGGAGAUCCUCGUGUAACCCUGGAGAUACUCGAGUAACCCUGGAGAUCCUCGAGUAACCCUGGAGAUCCUCGAGUAACCCCGGAGAUCCUCGAGUAACCCUGGAGAUCCUCGAGUAACCCCGGAGAUCCUCGAGUAACCCUUUUUUCUCAAUGGUUCAUAUUUGCACCUUCGGUUAGUUGAGGGGUUAUUGGAGGAACCUUUAAUAAACGUGUCAAACUCCUUCCACAGAGGAUCGAGUGUCUAAGGGUUUACGCUCCACCAUUGUACUUGAUUGAUGAAUUAAGGUAAUUAAUUAGUAAGGAUCUCCCUUCACCUGGUUGUCCAAGUCUAUAUAUUAAAAAAACAGCAUACACUCGACCCUUCCAUGGAAUGAGUUUGACACGCCUGCUUUAAUGGUUCCUGUAGCAACGGGUUCCUGUAGCAACCGGGAGUGGAGGCGUGACUUAGUAGGGGCGUGGCUUUAAGAUCUAUAUAUUUUUUGUCCACCUGUGAGAUUAAAUGUCAUUCCUGUUCAUCCGUUCUGUUGUAUUGUCAUCACAUGUUACGGUUGAACACUGACAGUUUUGUAUCUUCAAUGAGGCUAACAGAGUUCCUCAACAGCUUUACGCAAAUCAUCACUUUAUUACUGUAUGGAAUCAGCAAUGUUAAUAUUAGAAUAUGUAAUACACAUAAAUAUUCAAGGAACAUGUUAAUUUGCAGUGUACAAACUUUACAUGAUGAACAGGAAUGACAUUUUCACUAACGGGUGACCAAAAAUAACUAUCUGAAAGCCACGCCUCCAAUAAGUCACGCCUCCAAUCUGAUAGACUGCCACCUCUACAAUAUAUUAUUAAAAAGGUUCAAAAUGUAAUCCCUCCUGUCACAAAAAGUUUGAACCUUUACAUAUGGGUUUCUCAAAGACCCUUUUCAGAGGGGUUCUUUCAGGAAUCUUUUUCAGCUAGAAUGGUUCUCCCGGGCACCUUUACAUCUGAGAUUGUACAGUGGAGUUUGGGGAGGAGACCAUAGAAGCACAAUGACUAGAAAGGACAUUCCCCAUUCAAAUCAAUGGGUUUGAAAUAGGUGGACCGGCAGCCAUUAAACAAGUGGGAUUCUAUUUCUAUGGCAACGCUGAUGAUGUCACAAUAGCGUAAAACACUGCCGUAGUUGAAUGAUCAUCGGGUUAGAAUAUGUAGAGCCAGGAGUUUCUCCCGACCAAGUUAUCUGCCCAGGAUAAACUCUAGGCCCCCUUUUUACAGGCUAGGACCCCAGUGUGCGUCCCAAUAAUACAUACUUUUCUCCUGAACACUCGUUCACUACUCCGCACAAAUGUAAAAACGUUGGAUUGGAGGCAUGGGCUAGUGUGAGUUUCCAUCAUAUUAGUUCUAAGAUAGGACCCAUAGAAUUUCCCGAGCAGAUCAUUUGAUUCAUAGCACCAAUACUACUGCUUUUAAAGGUGGUUGUGGAGGUGGUUAAAGGUGGUUAACACUGCGCGUGGCGGCUCAAUCGUAAAUAUCCUUUAAAAUGCAGAUUGGGAUUUGGAUUGAAUCCCGGCCUAAGAAAAAACUCUUGAGCCCCAAGUACGGCAUAUGUUGAACACAGGCCUGUGGCAGUCAGUCAGGCACAGCCCUUUGUCAGCUGAUUUUGAGCGACAAACACUGCCAUCCAAUGGAAUCACUGCAUUUUAAACUACAACCAACUUUUGAAGGUGAAAAGAAACACCAGAAUCCUGAUUUUGAAUAAGAAUUAAGUUUUUUUUAAUUCUGGAGAAUAUUUUGAGAAAUAAAGCCGAAGUAAUAUAUCUUAUAAUGACAGGCACUAUAGCCAACAAUUUGAAUAAGAGGAGGGAGUUAUACAAAAAGAAGAAAGAAAGAAAAGAAAAGAAAGAUAAAUAGCUGACAGGUUAUCUCCAACACUAUCCGCCUAUGAGUCUCUGUGCACCCUAUUCCCUUUAUAAUGCACUACUUUUGACCAGGAUCCAAAGGGCAAAAUGGGUGCACUAUAUAGGGAAUAGGGUGUGAUUUGGAACACACUUAGUAUGUAUGUAUAGAGAUGAGCAGCGAUGCUAUGAGCUUGUAUGGCCACUGGGUGGCGACGUCAUACAAUCUUUCAGUAUCUUCUUCUUCUAGUAGAAUUGGUACACAACGGUACAUACGUGGCAAUGAUAGAACUCUAACACUUCUCUCUCUCUCUCUGUCUCUCUCUCUCUCUCUCCAGAAUAUUACCCUCUCUUUGACCUCUACUUUAAAUACGUAUGAUAAAGGUGUACAGUACAGAUAUGUUGGAUUCUAAGGAGGCUUCCCAAAUGCAGCACUGUUCCCUUUAUAGUGCACUAUAUUUGCGCUUUGGUCAAAAGUAGUGAACUAUGUAGGGAAUAGGGUGCUAUAUUGGGAUACACACUAAGGAUUUAUCUUUAUAAUUUAUAUACUGUAUGAUGAUGAUAAAAAAAAAAUGUGUACAUUUGUUUUGAAUACCAGGCUCUAACGUGGUAAACGAACAUCCGGGACAAUCAUAUUAGUAUGAUGUGUUACGUUUGGUAUGGUUACAUAAGAAAGAAGGUUACUUAAGGCAAAAAUGAAAGGAGGAUGGUUGGGUGUACAUGUAACAGUAUAGGUUCCGUCCCUCUCCUCGCCCCUACCUGGGCUCGAACCAGGGACCCUCUGCACACAUCAACAACUGCCUCCCACGAAGCAUCGUUACCCAUCGCUCCACAAAAGCCGCAGCCCUUGUUGAGCAAGGGGAACAACUACUUCAAGGUCUCAGAGCGAGUGACGUUACCGAUUGAAACGCUAACUAGCUAGCCAUUUCACAUCAGGUUACAUACAUAUAAUACACACAUCUGGCAACCCUAAAGUUGUGUGUUCUAAUCUCAUCACAGACAACUUUAGCCUUUUAGUUAAUUAGCUACUUUGCAACUACUUAGCAUGUUAGCUAACCCUUCUCCUAACCCUAACCUUAACCCUUUAACCUCACUCCUAACCUUAACCCUAACCCCUAGCCUAGCACCUACAGUAGGUGACGUUAGUGUUAGCCACCUAGCUAACGUUAGCCACAACACAUUGGAAAUCAUAACAUAUACAUAUUGAACAUUCAUAACAUAUUGUACAAAUUGCAAUUCGUGAACAUAUACAAAAUGGGUGAAUCCACAAAUGAAUAUAUACAGUACCAUACCAAAUAUAAAAUAUCGUACUAAAAAUUUGAGGGUCCCAGAUUUUUGUUUACAAUGUUUCUUCUAUCCCAGGUUGUGAAUACUAGAGAUUAUUUGUAUGUGGGCAACUGUGUGUGUGUGUGUGUGUAUGCAUGUGUGUGUGUAUGCAUGUGUGUGUGUGUGUGUGUGUAUGCAUGUGUGUGUGUGUGUGUGGAUUGUGAUGCUUUCUGUCAAUUAAAGGCUACUUACAGUUC